UUGACCACUCCACCGCUCGAUCCGUUCUUAGCGCUUUCUUUUUCUCUCUCUUAGUUUCUUAGUUUCCUUCUUUUUCUUUCUUUCUUCCCAAAAAACUGAAAAAGAAAUUUCGCAUUGAUUACGAAUUUUUUUUUACUUUUAAAAUCCCCCCAAAUUUUAACAUAAAAAGACAAGAAAAUCACAACCAUUAAAUGAUGUUUUCUAGCAUUGAUCAUCACCGUCAAUUCCAAUGCCAGCAGCAAUGGAUGAACCAUAAUCCGGUACAAGCCUGAGCAUUUUUUGUAAACCCCCCAAAAAGAAACAAAAAACACCAACCAUGAUCGCUUUUGUUGAAAUUAGGAGGAUUUGAGAUUUACAAAGAAGAAAAAAAGAAAUUGAGAUUUUUUCAUAAUAUUAUGUCGGAUUUGGUGGCCCGUACGGGUCGUCUUCAGCAAAGGUACGAGGCUGGUUUUCGCCUUGUCGCUGGAUGUAUUCCAUUUAGGUAUAGAAGUUCAAAUGAGGCAGAUGAUGUAAAAUUUGGAAAGGUGGUUGAGGUACUGAUGAUUAACUCAACUAGUGGACCAGGUCUUUUAUUUCCAAAGGGAGGUUGGGAGAAUGAUGAAACGGUCGAGGAGGCUGCAGUGAGGGAAGCUAUUGAAGAGGCGGGAGUCCGAGGGGAUUUAAUGGACUUCAUAGGUUUUUAUCAUUUUAAGAGUAAAACUCAUCAAGAUGAAUUCAGUCCAGAAGGCUUAUGUAAAGCAGCAAUGUUUGCGUUGUUCGUGAAGGAGGAACUAAACUCAUGGCCAGAGCAGAGCACCCGGACGAGAAAUUGGCUGACAAUACCGAAAGCGCUUCAAAGUUGCAGGCAUGAAUGGAUGAAAGAUGCAUUAGAGAAUGGUUUUUGUAAGUGGCUUGCACAAAACAAGUGAAGUCCCAAGGUUUCAAUCGGAAAUUUUAACUUAAAUGCAGAAGCAUUUGCAUAAAAACAAAAUAUUAGAGAUGUACACUCAGUAGUGCUUACUUUGUGUCAACUUAUUUUUCCUUCUUAAAUUAGAAGACAUUUGGUGUCUGAUUGCACUUUUAAUGUGUUUUGAUUUAUGUUGCUCGAACUUGAAUUGUGUGAUGUCUAAACCUUUCAAGAUAUCCUGUAUUUGUAGGGGUUUUGGAGGAUUAUGUCAUUUAUACUUAUGUCUGGAUAAGUGUCGGACAUAGGUGUCGAGACAGCACUUCAGAAAUAUGAAAAUGAAGACUCGGAGUACUACCCACCAUCUUUGGUUUA